AUGGCGGCCUCCGAGGGCUCUCCCCAGAGGGCAAGAACUCCCUCUUUCCAAGGAGGCAUGAGCAGUUCACGAACGGGAGCACCAUCGCUGCUGUUGCGCUCAGAAAAAGAGCGUCAGGCUUGCUGGUCUUCUUUUCCCAAUGGGCAGAGGACGAAAAACUCUUUGAACAGAACCUCCUCCUACCUGCUGCAGCAGAUCAUUCACCGCUGUCAAGAGUCGGAUACGGACGGAGAGGAGGAUCAGGGCGAGGACGAGGCGGAAUCCGACCAGUCCUCAGAGUCGGAAAUGAAGAAUCUGGAGAAGGAAUUUGAUGGGGUACUGAAAGAAGAGGCUGUAGCUGCAGCACUCUACCAAUUGGGGCGCUCAGGCUCUGGGACCAAGCAGGUCUACCUCAAUCUAACUUUAUCCGGUGGUGAUUUAACCGACAUUAGCAUUCUCUGUGGAUAUAUUCACCUACAGAAGUUGGAUCUUUCAGUAAAUAAAAUUGAAGAUUUGUCUUGUGUGAGCUUUAUGCCUUAUCUUCUAGAACUUAAUGUUUCUCACAAUAAGCUGACUACAUUCUUCAAUUUCAAGCCACCCAAAAAUCUCAAGAAGGUGGAUUUUUCCUACAACCAAAUUUCUGAAAUGUGUGAUCUGUCGGCGUAUCACGCUCUCACUACACUAAUUUUGGACAGCAAUGAGGUACAAGAAAUCAGCGGCCUAGAGAUGUGCAACAGUCUAACUCUCCUUAGUUUGGCCAACAACAAGAUCACGGCAAUUAAUGGCUUAAAUUCAUUACCAAUCAAAACGCUUUGUCUGAGUAAUAAUAAGAUUGAGAAGAUCGAAGGUUUGGAGGAUCUGAAAACCCUGCAGAACCUUGAUCUGUCCCACAAUCAGAUAAGUAACCUCCAAGGCUUAGAGGGUCAUGACCUCCUGGAAGUGAUCAACCUCGAGGAUAACAAGAUUGCUGAGCUAAGUGAAAUAGAAUAUAUUGAAAAUCUACCUAUCCUUCGAAUUCUCAAUCUUCUAAAUAAUCCAAUUCAGGAAAAAUCUGAAUAUUGGCCCUUCGUAAUUUUUACGCUACCACGAUUAACAGAAUUAGAUCAGAGGAAGAUUAAAGUGGAAGAAAAGGUUUCAGCUGUGAAUAAAUAUGACCCUCCCCCUGAAGUGGUGGCAGCCCGAGAUCACCUGACCCACGUUGUCAACAGCAUGAUGCAGCCACAGAGGAUUUUUGACAGCACUCUUCCCAGCCUGGAUGCCCCUUACCCCAUGUUGAUCCUGGCUGGUCCCGAAGCUUGCGGGAAACGAGAACUUGCCCACCGCCUCUGCAGACAGUUUAGUACAUACUUCAGAUAUGGGGCCUGUCACACCACGAGACAGCCUUAUUUUGGAGAAGGGGAUCGAGUUGAUUAUCAUUUCAUCUCUCAAGCAGUUUUUGAUGAAAUGCUAAACAUGGGGAAAUUCAUUCUCACAUUUAGUUAUGGUAACCACAAUUAUGGACUGAGUAGGGACACCAUUGAAGGUAUCGCAAGAGAUGGCUUAGCAAGCUGUAUUCAUUUGGAGAUAGAAGGUGUAAGAAGUUUGAAAUAUUCCUAUUUUGAGCCUCGAUAUAUCCUGGUGGUGCCCAUGAACAAGAAAAACUACGAGGGAUACUUGCGGAGAAAAGGAUUGUUCAGUCGUGCAGAAAUCGAAUUUGCUGUCUCCAGAGUGGACCUUUAUAUUAACAUUAAUCAGAAACUUCCAGGAUAUUUUGACACCGUUAUCAAUGCAGAUGAUAUGGAAGUUGCCUACCAAAAGCUGAGUCAGCUCAUUACAGAAUACCUCGGAUUGACUGAGCAGACUGCCAAGACCUUGGCUCCUGCUGCAGCAGGAGUUCCCACUAGCAAGAAGACUCUUUCUGGGGUCCCAGCACACCUGCUUCCAUCUCCCAGGCGAUUGGCAAAGCUGCAAGCAGCUGGCCAGAUAACAGAGCAUCUCUCUGGAAUACAGAUUCAUGCAACGGCCCCUGAAAAUCAGAACCUAGCUCUCCCCCAGAGCCAAGAGCCAAUGCAAGAUGGAGAAAACCAUCCCAAAGAGCUUCCUCCCAACAGCCAGCUCCAUGCUGACCCACCUCCACUGCUCAGCUCAUCAGCACCUGAUCUUGCUCAGCCAGCCCAAAACUUAUCCCCAAACCCGAAGGAAGAGGGUGGUGAACAAUCAGAUCCUUCUCCAAAAGUAAUAGCUGCUGAUUUGGAUGUCCCUGCUGCAGAAGCCGAUGCAGGAGGGCCAUCUCCUGCCACUCCUGUGCACCCUGGCUCUCCUCCACCCCACAGUCCUCAGCCAGACCAGGAUGAAGAAUCAGGGGAGGCCAAGGCCACCCCCACUGGCCCUCCCCUGCCUGAACCUCCACAGGGACCUGGCCCAACUUCCCUCAGCACUCAGAUAACCCAUGAGGAGGAAACUGAGUCAGCCGGACUUCUGCCUGACACUUCCCAUCAUGAUCCUCCAGCAGUUCCUUCCCACCCUGACUCGGAGCAGAGACUUGCUGGAGAUUCUCAACAACCUCUUCAGGAGGAAACCCCCAAAGCAGAAUUUGUCCGGGUCAGCACCCCUUACCCCGAACUGCCACAUCCCCAAGACUUACAAACAAGUGCAAACCAGCCCCAGCGCAGAGAAGACCUAGGGGCUCUCCUUCCCAGAGGCCAGCUGGCUCCCACCCGGCUGCCCCAGCCCCGGGUGCUUGCUCCCCUCCAGAGCAGGAGGCCCACCCCCAAGCUCCUCUCGCCCAGCAGGGAAGAAGCUUUAGCAGCAGCCUCAGAUCAGAUCAUUACACCAUCUCCCAGGCCCCCCCUAAGGCAGGAAGGUGACACCAGCAAACUUCCUCUCAUCAGCCCUCCCCAUUCCAACGCGCCACAAAAUCUGAGCCCCCAGGUGGCCCCUAACCCCCAGCAAGUCCAACAAGAGAAGGUCGGGGAGGUGAAACUCCCUCUUAUCAGUCCCCCUGCCCAGGGGCAGGUGCCCCAGCCUCUCCCCCAUCUGUCCCAGGAGGAGGGGGCUCAGCAAGUCCGGCUCCCUCGCAUCCCUACUCCUGCUGAGCCGCAGCUGCCUCCGCAGGCUUCUGCUCAUCAGGAUGCGAGGCCUGCAAAGGAAGGCAAGGUUCCCAAAGCAGGUGCCUCCUCCAGCAAGAAGAUUCUAGGCAUGCAGGCCUCACCCCGAGAGCCAAUGCAGCAGAUGGGAGCUAGAAAAAAAACACUCCCUAUCCAAAGAGAGACAGCUAAGCGGCCAGCACAUCCGAGAAAGGCACCACCUGAAAGCCACCCCACAGCCUCUCAACCAGAAUCCCAUAGUCGCCUGCCUCCUGCAGCCGUGCCCCAGCAUCCUCACCACAGCCCUCCUCUGAACCCGCAGGGGAACCAGGGAGGAAAAGUCCAGAUGCCGGAAACUCCUGAGCUCCCCCAUGCUGAACCAUUGCUUAAAGAUCCCCAGAGAAAAGAGAAAAGGGACAAAGACCAUCCUUCCAGAAAAAAGGGCCAUGCCAACCUCCCCCCACAUGGCCUGGCUCAGAAUGUUGGUGUGUCCAAAAAAGGACCGUCUUUAAAAAGAGAGGUUCCCAAAGGACUAUCUCAAGAAAAUCAGACUACCUUUCGCGGUGAUCAGCAGACUCUAGAUCAGUCCCUACGCAAGAGACCUCUCCAGAGUGAAAUGGCCACUGAGAAGUCAGAACAGGACAGUUCUGCUCCCGUGGAAAGACAGGUUCACAGCCAGGGCCAGUCUCAGAAGAGAGAGACUGCUUUGGAAGUCCUGGAGCGGGACAGGCAGGACCCCACCCAGCAGCCUGUCAGAGAAUCACAGGCCCCACAGAGACCCAGCCAGAGCAGAGGGAGCUCUGUCCACAGGAACAAUACACGUGCUUCCAAGCAGCAAACCAGGGAGAAACAAACCCCUCAAAAUGGGGGAGUACCACAGAACAAAAGCCCUGUGGCUCCCCAGGAUGGCCAGUCUGCUGAGGAACGAGGCAGCCAGAAAGGAAGACUGCGUGCCAGAGGCAGUCAGAGCUCUAAGGUUUAA